UUGUUUAUGCGUCGCUUGCAAAUAGACGCCUAUACAGAAAGGUCCGCCUCGUGAAUUCAGAUACAGCUGGAGAUGACAGAAUGAAAAUUUGUUGGUCGUCAAAUGGCAGAUUAAGAACCAAAUAUUUGUUAAAUUUUAAGAAAAUAUCAGCAAGAAUUCCAAAUUCUAUCAUUUCACAAAGAAAAAAACAUGUUGAGGUUUUUUCUGAAGGUGAUUACAUCAGAAAACUUAUAGUGCAAAACACUGAGAUUAGCGACAAUCACAUGACACCAGAAUUGAAACUUCAUUUGAUAACUCCCAAGUGUAAGCUGUGGUGGAGUAAGGGAGACAACUCUCCAUUCUGUGAUCCUUACUGGGCGUUUUAUUGGUCAGGAGGUCAGGUUAUUAGCAGGUACAUUCUGGACCACCCCAGUCAGUUUCUAGACAAGUGUGUGUUGGAUGUUGGAGCAGGAUGUGGAGCGUCGGCCAUUGCUGCUGCCAAGACUGGAGCUAAAACAGCAAUAUCUAAUGAUGUAGAUGAAGUUGCAGGUAUUGCAGCCAAAAUGAAUGCCAAGUUAAAUGACGUCUCUGUUCAGAUCGACACAUGCAAUUUGAUAGGUCAGACUGGUAGAGGAUGGGAUGUCGUACUUCUAGGCGACAUGUUCUAUGAUGCAUCAUUUGCCGAUACUGUUAUCCAGUGGGUGACAACACUGAUGAAAAACAAUACAGAGAUUCUUAUUGGUGAUCCUGGAAGACUGCCACUUCUGACUCAUCCAGUGAAAAACACUCUUACAAAAGUUGCUGAAUACAAGUUACCAUAUGAACUUGCAAGAGAAAACAAUGGAUUUACUACAGGCACAGUUUGGACAAUAAAGAGAUGAUUAAAA